GGUUGGGGGGAGGGGCGUCAAGAUGGCGGCGGGGAGGUAGGCACAGCCGGACGCCGCUGCUGCCGCCGCCACCGCCGCCUCCGCUCCCGUCGCCUCUGGUUCUUCAAGCUCUCGUCACCUGAGAGAAGCUGUUCCGGUGUCGGAUCCGGCGGGGAAAAUGGUGGAACCAGGGCAAGAUUUACUGCUUGCUGCUUUGAGCGAGAGUGGAAUUAGUCCAAAUGACCUCUUUGAUAUUGAUGGUGGAGAUGCGGGGCUUGCAACUCCAACACCUACGCCUCCCAUACAGCAGUCAAUGCCACUUAGUGCAUUAGAACUAGGUUUGGAGACUGAAGCAGCAGUUCCUGUUAAACAAGAACCAGAGACGGUACCUACUCCGGCACUUUUAAAUGUUAGGCAGCAGCCUCCAUCUACUACAACGUUUGUGCUGAAUCAGAUAAAUCAGCUUCCGACCUUGGGAUCUACAAUUGUAAUGACUAAGACACCACCUGUAACCACGAAUAGGCAAACCAUCACUUUAACGAAGUUUAUUCAGACUACUGCAAACACACGUCCUUCAGUCUCAGCACCAGCAGUACGAAAUGCCAUAACUUCUGCACCUUCAAAAGACCAAGUUCAACUGAAGGACCUGCUAAAAAAUAAUAGUCUGAAUGAACUCAUGAAACUGAAGCCACCGGCUAAUAUUGCUCAGCCAGUUGCAACAGCAGCUACUGAUGUAAGCAAUGGCACAGUAAAGAAAGAGUCUUCUAAUAAAGAAGUAGCAAGAAUAUGGAUAAAUGACAUGAAAAUGAGGAGUUUUUCCCCGACCAUGAAGGUCCCUGUUGUGAAAGAGGAAGAUGAACCAGAAGAAGAAGAUGAAGAAGAAAUGGGUCAUGCGGAAACCUAUGCAGAGUAUAUGCCAAUAAAAUUAAAAAUUGGCCUCCGUCACCCAGAUGCUGUAGUUGAGACUAGUUCUUUAUCCAGUGUUACUCCUCCUGAUGUUUGGUACAAGACAUCUAUUUCUGAAGAAACCAUUGAUAAUGGCUGGUUAUCAGCAUUACAGCUUGAAGCAAUUACUUACGCAGCCCAGCAACAUGAAACAUUCCUACCUAAUGGAGAUCGUGCCGGCUUCUUAAUAGGCGAUGGUGCUGGUGUAGGAAAAGGAAGGACAAUAGCAGGAAUCAUCUAUGAAAAUUAUUUGUUGAGUAGAAAACGGGCUUUGUGGUUCAGUGUUUCAAAUGAUUUAAAGUAUGAUGCUGAAAGAGAUUUGAGGGAUAUUGGAGCAAAAAACAUUUUGGUCCAUUCAUUGAAUAAGUUUAAAUAUGGAAAAAUUUCUUCCAAACAUAAUGGGAGUGUGAAGAAGGGUGUUAUUUUUGCUACCUAUUCUUCCCUAAUUGGUGAAAGUCAGUCUGGUGGUAAAUAUAAGACGAGGUUAAAACAACUUCUACAUUGGUGUGGUGAUGACUUCGAUGGAGUGAUAGUUUUUGAUGAAUGUCAUAAAGCAAAAAACUUAUGUCCUGUUGGUUCUUCAAAGCCAACCAAGACAGGCUUAGCAGUUUUGGAACUUCAGAACAAAUUGCCAAAAGCCAGAGUUGUCUAUGCUAGUGCCACUGGUGCUUCUGAACCACGAAAUAUGGCCUAUAUGAACCGUCUUGGAAUAUGGGGUGAGGGAACUCCAUUUAGAGAAUUCAGUGACUUUAUUCAGGCAGUAGAACGGAGAGGUGUUGGUGCCAUGGAAAUAGUUGCUAUGGAUAUGAAGCUUAGAGGAAUGUACAUUGCUCGACAGCUGAGCUUUACUGGAGUGACCUUCAAAAUUGAGGAAGUUCUUCUUUCUCAGAGCUAUGUUAAAAUGUAUAACAAAGCAGUCAAACUGUGGGUCAUUGCUCGAGAGCGGUUUCAGCAAGCUGCAGAUCUGAUUGAUGCUGAGCAGAGAAUGAAGAAAUCCAUGUGGGGUCAGUUCUGGUCUGCUCACCAGAGAUUUUUCAAAUACUUGUGCAUAGCGUCCAAAGUUAAAAGGGUUGUGCAGCUAGCUCGAGAAGAAAUCAAGAAUGGAAAAUGUGUUGUAAUUGGUCUGCAGUCUACGGGAGAAGCUAGAACAUUAGAAGCCUUGGAAGAGGGCGGGGGAGAAUUGAAUGAUUUUGUUUCAACUGCCAAAGGAGUGUUACAGUCACUCAUUGAAAAACACUUCCCUGCUCCGGACAGAAAAAAGCUUUAUAGUUUGCUGGGAAUUGAUUUGACAGCUCCAAGUAACAGCAGUUCACCAAGAGAUAGUCCUUGUAAGGAAAAUAAAACAAAGAAGCGAAAAGGUGAAGAAAUAACUCGAGAAGCCAAAAAAGCACGAAAAAUAGGUGGCCUUACUGGUAGCAGUUCUGAUGAUAGUGGAAGUGAAUCUGAUGCCUCUGAUAAUGAAGAAAGUGACUAUGAGAGCUCUAAAAACAUGAGUUCUGGAGAUGAUGAUGAUUUCAAUCCAUUCAGAGAUGAGUCUAGUGAGGAUGAUGAAGAUGAUCCCUGGUUAAUCAGAAAAGAUCAUAAGAAAAACAAAGACAAAAAAAAAAGGAAAAGUAUAGAUCCAGAUUCUAUUCAAAGUGCCUUAUUAGCAUCAGGUCUUGGAUCAAAACGACCUAGUUUUUCUUCUACACCAGUUAUUUCACCUGCUCCUAAUAGUGCACCAGCUAACAGUAACACCAACAGCAACAGUAGCCUUAUAACAAGUCAGGAUGCCGUGGAAAGGGCCCAACAGAUGAAGAAAGACCUACUUGAUAAACUAGAAAAAUUAGCUGAAGACCUCCCUCCUAAUACCCUGGAUGAACUUAUUGAUGAACUUGGGGGCCCUGAGAACGUUGCUGAGAUGACUGGCCGCAAGGGGAGGGUUGUAAGCAAUGAUGAUGGAAGCAUAUCUUAUGAGUCAAGAUCUGAACUUGAUGUUCCUGUGGAAAUACUAAAUAUUACAGAAAAACAAAGAUUUAUGGAUGGAGAUAAGAAUAUUGCUAUCAUCUCAGAAGCUGCCAGUUCGGGUAUUUCAUUACAAGCGGAUAGAAGAGCUAAAAAUCAAAGGCGGAGAGUUCAUAUGACUCUGGAGUUACCAUGGAGUGCUGAUAGAGCAAUUCAGCAAUUUGGACGGACUCAUAGAUCAAAUCAAGUUACCGCUCCUGAAUAUGUGUUUCUGAUUUCUGAAUUGGCAGGAGAACAAAGAUUUGCAUCUAUUGUUGCUAAAAGACUUGAGAGUUUGGGCGCACUUACACAUGGAGACAGAAGAGCAACAGAAUCUAGAGAUCUGAGCCGGUUCAACUUCGAUAAUAAGUAUGGAAGAAAUGCUUUAGAAAUUGUCAUGAAAUCCAUCGUAAACCUAGAUUCUCCUAUGGUAUCACCACCUCCAGACUAUCCUGGAGAGUUCUUUAAAGAUGUUCGACAGGGACUGAUAGGAGUUGGCCUAAUAAAUGUAGAAGAUCGUUCGGGAAUCCUUACUCUAGAUAAAGAUUAUAACAACAUAGGAAAAUUCUUAAACAGAAUUUUGGGCAUGGAAGUACAUCAACAGAAUGCAUUAUUUCAGUAUUUUGCGGACACGCUUACUGCAGUAGUUCAAAAUGCCAAAAAAAAUGGAAGAUAUGAUAUGGGAAUCUUAGAUCUUGGUUCUGGAGAUGAAAAAGUGAGGAAAAGUGAUGUUAAGAAGUUUCUGACUCCAGGAUAUUCAACAUCUGGCCAUGUAGAAUUAUACACAAUAAGUGUGGAGAGGGGAAUGUCCUGGGAGGAAGCUACCAAGAUUUGGGCUGAGCUGACAGGACCAGAUGAUGGCUUUUAUUUGUCACUGCAAAUAAGAAACAACAAGAAAACUGCCAUCUUAGUUAAAGAAGUAAACCCUAAGAAGAAGCUUUUCUUAGUUUAUAGACCAAAUACCGGGAAACAGCUCAAAUUAGAAAUUUAUGCUGAUCUAAAAAAGAAAUAUAAGAAGGUAGUCUCCGACGAUGCCCUGGUCCACUGGUUAGAUCAGUAUAAUUCAUCUGCAGAUACUUGUACUCAUGCUUAUUGGCGUGGCAACUGCAAAAAAGCAAGCUUGGGAUUAGUUUGUGAAAUAGGUCUUCGUUGCCGCACAUACUAUGUAUUAUGUGGCUCAGUACUGAGUGUCUGGACAAAAGUUGAGGGUGUUCUUGCGUCUGUCAGUGGCACAAAUGUGAAAAUGCAGAUAGUUCGCCUAAGAACAGAGGAUGGACAACGGAUUGUAGGUUUGAUUAUUCCUGCAAAUUGUGUGUCUCCUCUUAUAAAUCUCCUUUCAACUUCAGACCAGUCUCAACAGCUUGCAGUCCAGCAGAAACAGCUCUGGCAGCAGCGUCACCCCCAGAGCAUCGCCAGCUUGAGCAGCACAUAAGAACAGACAGGUUUCAACAUGGAUGUAUCUGAAAUGCUGUUGAAGCAUAUCAUUUGCAUAAAAAUCAGGGACAGUUUCCAAAGAAUUAUAAUUUUUUUUUCAGUUGUGCUCUCUCUAGUUAAUUUUCUUGGGAAUAAGGACAAACCUGGAAUAGAUAGCAAAACUGAAAAUCAGCAGUGCCGACAGUGGUACAUCUGUCUUUCCGUGUGCUUUUCCCAUGGUACUUACCGUAUGCUUUUACUUUGGGUGAGCAGAGGGGUAUGUGCGUAUGUGUGUCAGUCUGUUUGUUUGUUUGUGAGUUUGUUAAAAGCUGCGAACCAUAAUUGGUUUAAAAAUGCUUGGAACUUCCCAAACUGGCUUUACUUUUAUGUUAUACAGUGCUCAGGGUUAACGCAGUACAUCCAUGCCAUUGCUGUGGGACUUAUCCCCGGAUGCAUGUGUUUUGAGUCUAUAAAUAGAGAAAAUAUAUAUUGGUUUCUUUCUCCAACUUAUUAAAACAAUAGGUUUAUUAAAGCAUGAAAUGAAAGGUUGCAUAUCAUGCAUUCAGGUUCUUUUCUAGUUUUUGUUCUGACAGUGCAUGUCUUUGAAAGCAUGCGUAAACAAGAUUAACACAGAAGUCAAGUAACAGAGCGAAACAUUUGUAGAUGUACAGCAUUGGUUAUUGCAUUUUUAUAGUGUUUAUACCUGGGUAUUGCUUCAAACCCUGCAAAAUCUUGUCCUCCCAUUCUCCCUGCCCCAGGUUUCUUGUCAAGGUAAUGAGUACACACAUUUUUUUGGUGAUAAAACUCUUAAAAAGUUAAUUUUAAUGUAUUAAUAGCAUUCCUAAUGUGUGCUGCAAAAAAGGCUACAAGCCUGCUUUUCUUAAAAUUACAUCUUUCUUAAAGAUAGUUGUAGAAAGGAGUACAGAUUGGCUUCUGUCUUGCAAACAAUCUUUUUUUUUUUUAACUUCAUUAUCUUAAUUUGCUUUGUCACUCUUAAAAAUGAAAACUUUGUACUUGAGUUGUAAACUAGACAAUGAGGAAACACUUGAGGCUUCUGCUGUAUGUUUAUUUCUUGUUGUUAUUGUUGUUACCCAGUAACUUGAAUAUUGUUUAACGUGUUGUAAGACAUUGUAGAGUUUAUCUCAAGCUGUUAAAAGUGGUAAUGUACAAAUGUGAAUAGACACUUAUCUAUAAUAUGGGUAAGUUUUGUUUCGCCUAUAAUAGAUGUUUAUAAAAACAAGUGAGGGGACAAUUGGUCUUUUUGUUUCCUUUUUUUCCCCUUUACUUUUUCUGCUUGCACAGGUUGCACUAUUGAGAAACUGAGAUUGUAUAAACCUGGUCAAAAGCUGCAAGAUACCACAAUCUUGUAGAUGUCAAAUAAAAAGUUAUUAUACUCACCCGAAGUGGACUCUUGUUUAGGCCCUCACCACUUGCAGAAGUAGCCUGUGAUGGAACGCUGCAGAACUCGGCGUGUUGCUCCACAUUCCAGGUAGCCUUAGAUUUUGACUUCAAACCCACCCCACAAAAUCAAAGUGGUAUUGAGGAAGGGGUGAAAUAAUAGUGCUUUCAAAUGUUUUGCAAGUUGAACUGUUCUCCUUUGUUCCUUUCUAAACUUCUUGCAGGAUCUGGUGAGAUGUAUGUUCAGUGAUGGGUAAGCUAGAGCUGUCAUCCUCUUGUGUUUCUACAAGCCUGAGUUUAGUUAGGUCACAUUCACCACAAGUUUUCUUUCUUUGGAUUUAUUUAUUCUUGACGCCUAAAAGAACAAAUUGAGAAUAAUUUCGGUUCUUUGGCAUAUUUUGCCCAGUGGAUGCAACUUUUAUCCUCAGUCUAUCCUUAUAUCUCAGGCAGUGAUCCGUGAAUAUCAACCAGUGUCCCUUGUUAGGCCACUAGACCCAGCUGGCAGCCAAGAGCAGAGUUGUCCACCUGCACCAAAACUUCCCAGUUAGUUCUGUUUUUAAAUCAGGAGCCUAGUCGGUUUCCAUCAGCACCCCAAGGGAGAUAGAGCUGUGGAGAGGAAGCCUAACCAUCCUGCUCCCUCCAUUGAGACAGAAUGGCAGGGUUGUGGAAGAGAGACUGUCUUUCGUAGGCUUGGCCCAACUUCGCUUUUUUUGUGUGUGUGGGCACCUUUUUUUUUUUUUUUUUUUAAAGCAAGUUAUGGUUUUUUCCAAGCAGCUUCAGUAUCAGGAUUCUUUAAUAUGAAAUUAGUUGACCCUCACAAUUCACAAUGUAAUGUUUGCUCUUGGAAUAGCUAUCUUGUUACAGAGGGGGAUGUGUAUGUCCUGUUCUUUGUAGAACAGCUUUGUUUUGCAUUUUUAAAAAAGGUCCAGAAAUAAGUCCUUUGAAAACUCUCAGAGUAGACCUCUGAAACGCAGCCGUGUAAACGGAUGGGGAGCUGAGGUGCCGGCUGCCCACGCUCGUGGUGCGGUGUGCACGUGAGCCCUCGGAGCCCUUGUUAGGCUCUGCCCAUGCUCCUCUCUGGAGGCGAACAUACGACCUUUGCACUGUGCCCUUAUCCAAGUCAGCAAGUUUUAGGUUGGUCAACAUGGGGAAAUCCAGCAUUCAGUAUCCUCCUCUAUCAAAAAACAAAUCAAGUCUCAAACGAGAGCUAACUUUGGUAAAACAGGUCUUGUAUUUCAGGAUCUGAAUGCCACAUCUGAACCCAAGGACCUUGUUGAACCGUAUGUGAGUCCAUUUGGCCUCUGUAAUGCCUUUUCUCCCUUUUUAGCAAUAUGGCUCUGAGCACAAAAAUCUGAUUAUGAAUCAUGUUCGUGUUUUCAGAGUUUACAGUACCGAUUGUGCUGAAAACCACUUUCCCAGUCCAGAGCUGCUCAGAUGGUAUUGGGGGAGGUUAGUGUUCCCCUGAUCGAGCAUCCUCCAUACCACAAGGUCUCUAGCUGCAGUUUAGUGGGUUUAUCCAGAUACGUAUCAAUGAUACAAAUUCCUAAAAGUAUUAAUAAGGUAUUUUUAAACACAACUUGAUGAAAAAGUCAAUAUCUUAAGCAGUUUUCCCUUUCUGCUGCUAAAUUGCCGAUACAACUCUUCAGUGUCUUUUCUUCACAUCUGUAUAUAAGUUUAGCAAGAAUCUGCAUCCAAAGCAGUGUGGGAGUAUGUGUGUGUGUAUGUAUAUAUAUAUUUAUUCCAAUCCAGUUAGCACUUCAGAAACCUUUUUGAGUUGCAACAGUAAAACCUUUUAGUUUUAUCUUGCUUCUUUAUCUGUAAAGGUAAAAGUUCUAGAUUACCAAACUCCAGGGAAAUAUUAAUAUUUUAGAGGCAGAAUUUUCUGGCUGUACCCCCUGGGGCAUUCAUUUGCUAAUCUCCGUGUGAUGCUAUCAGAACAACUUCUAACAGGGAUGACAAGCAAGGGUACCAGGACAGCACUUAGAGUUGUAUAACGGGGACCUUUCCCUCAUUCCCCUCCACUUUCCACGGAGGGGGAAGAAAACCUGCAAUAGAUUGGAAAUGAUUGAUGCAUCUCAGUUGAUGAAAGUAGGAACAGAGGAAAAGUGUUUUUCCCUUGGGUCCUUUUCUUGAUUAGACGUUAAGAGGAAAGUCCCUACCCAAGUACUCUCUUAAAAAAUGUACCCCAACAACAUUCGACAGUUUCUACGAAUGGUGCUACGUAAAGAGUCUCUGUGAAACUGGUACCCGGUUGACAGAUGUUUGGGGAAUGCAGGCAUCCCAGUGGCAGUGGGCAUUGGUUGACUAUCCUUCCUAUAUAUGAGGUCUCCUCGGCUAACACCGUACCCAGGUGCAUGCACUGUGCAUGCCUUGCUGCUGGAAUAUGCAGCAGGCAGUCCAUGUUGUGGCUACAGCUGCGAGCAAAAACCAUUUGUAAAAAGUCCUUGUUGGAUGCCAGUUGUCUAAUACAAGGCAGUGCAUUUUAAGGGCAUAUAAGUGAAGGAAACACAUUUAGAUACCUGCAACUCUAGCUAGCUAGUAAUUUUUUUCCGAGUACUUGAGGUGAAAUCCAAAACCCACCUUCUAAUCUUACGCUGUACUUAUAUAUGUACAUAAUGUGUAUAUAUAGAAAUGUUGAGUUCUUUUGAAUUCUGAAUGUAAAUAUUUCUUGUAAAUUGGGACCCCACCCACUUGUUUGUCUCUUUUCCCUCCUCCAAUUCUAUUUAUUCUUUUCUUGGUUUCCCAUAGGGGGCUUCUUAUAAUUUUUUUUUUUUUUCUUUUUUUUUGCUGUAGGAAAGUUUUGCUGAAAAACUUUAGUUGAAUUUGUUCAUGUAUUUUAGAAUUCAGUUUUGCAUCUUUACUAUAGAAUUCCUGUGUCUGUUUUGUGUUAAUAUUUUUCAACAUGCCUGAUUGUGUUUUGCAUUUUUAUUACAUAUUUUUUACUGUGUGCAAUGCAUUGUAUUGGGGGAAUGUACUUGAGUGCAAUUUCUGAUACUGUCAUUAUAUGACUAGUUAUGCUCAUUUAUGUUGCUCUUUGGAAGCUAUAGUGAGCCUGUUUUCACCUGAAAAAAUUUCUUCCCAAGACUUCCUUUAAGCUCCUCUAACUUCUUCAGUGCAUUUGGGAUCAAACUCAACUCUUCAGUAAACCUGACUUAUUUCUACCCUUGCAACUUUUCAGGCCUGCACCACAUCCUUCAUCCUUGUGGCUUUCCAGCCGAGAGGGAAAUCUUGUAGAUCUGAACAGUGAUGUAUGGGCUGCUGCUGCUGCAAAUUUUCUGUUUCUUAAAGAAGUUGAGUCUGUCCUUUAAUUCUUCAAAUAGUAAUCAGAAACUUACUUUCCAGUGAGCAUGGCGAUUUGCUUCUGUCCCACCAGUUAAGGGGCGGAGACAGGCCUGGUACGGGCUGGUGUCCGUACUAGCAGGUUAGAGAACGUACUUCCAGGGACAGUUGUCCUCCUGAGUAGAGCAGCACAACUGCUUGUGCAGGCUCCCAUGAGCCUUCAGCUCAAGGGCUGAUGCUGUGUGUUAACUUUGGAGGGGACAGGCUGGUGGGAUCCCUUGAGCUGUCCCACCACCAGCAAGCCGUUGAGUUGAUCUUGACUAGAUUGGCUGUAAACCUAGGAGCUGAGAGGGCUGGAGGCACGCUUAACGAUUGGAUUAGUGUUGCCAGGAGGGCCCACCCAGGAGUGGCUCACAGAAGUGGUGGUACCACCACUGUGGUAACAGGCAAAUACUGUGUUUCUACCUACAGAUUUUGCACUUUUAAGAAGAUAUCCUCCAUAACUUUCAGCAAAGACACCAUGAGCGUUUCUCAGCCUUUCAUUCAUGCACACAUUUCAUUCGUUGCUCUGAGCUUGGUAGACUUACUGACAUUUAGAAGUUGUCUGUAUUUAGGUGAGUCUUAGGAACUUAGUGUGCCUUGAAAGAGGGCCUGUCAGAGGUGAGCUCCUCUGUCAGCAGCUUUCCUUCUCUGACACCCAGGAGGCAGCUGAACCAUGUGGUUUGCAGCAGCAGCAGCAGCAGCCAGGCUGAGGCCAUACCCUUGUAGUGCAGAGUCGAGCAAGGGGUGCCGCCGGGGACGUAGGUUGUCUUCCAUACUUGCAGGUCAAGCCUCCUGGGCCUGAGGGUCAGUCCACAGGCUCCUCAGUGAGAACCCCCUGGCUUUCCACCCAUCACCCCGUCCUGAGGGCCUUUCUUGCUAUGACAGUAUUUGUGGCACUGAAGAGGAUAAAGAAGCUUGAGCCUUCUUUCUGACUUCCACUUUACGGGGCAGAUAGCUUGUAUUUUCUACGUAGCACAUUGCAGUCUUGCCGCCAUCGGAAAAAAAAAAAUCAUCCUGUUCAUGGUUUAUACUGAAUUUGCAAACUACUGAUAUUAUUUUUCAAUAACCACUUUAUCUACCAUCAACCAUGAGAGGUGGGAAGAGGUACGCUGUAUCUCUGCAAUAAAACUUUUGCCAGGUUCUACCUCCCGCUGAGCAAAGGAUACUUUUGUACUUAGGCAUAGAUCUUCCUCCUUUACUAAUCUGACAUGGUGCAUCUUGAGACAACAUGUGAUGGAAUCCAAAGACAAUUUGAAACAAAGGUGGAUGUAAAACUCUUUUGGUUGUUGUUGUUGUGUUCUUUUUUACAAUCUCUCUUUUUAUAUUGCUACUCUGUUUUGAAUGUCCGUCAGUGUAUGAAGGGUACGCACUGUUCUGAUGAUACUGCACUGCUUCUUCAGCCUUCCGUGGUGAUACAGUACCAAGUGUCCAGAAACAAUUGUUCUGUUUUGAUUUGUAACUUUAAAAAAAAAAAUUGGGUCUCAUGCAAUAAAAAAAUGUAUUGGCUGCGUUGAGCGAGGUUUAUACCCUUGCAAGUAAAAAUGAUCAACCAUGAAGCAUAACAAAAUUCUGUAUUUAGUUUUUUGUUGUUGUGUUUUCUGAUUUUUGUUUCUCUUUUUUUUCUUUUUUUGUAAGAUUCUUAAAUAAAUUAAACUGGCUAAUA